AUGAAGUUUCAAGCUAUUGAGCUUCCUGGUGUAAAAUUCACAGGACCCAAGAUUCUUCUACUAGCCCUUGCCUCACUUUUCUUCAUUGCCAUCCCUCUCUAUCUAAACUACUCUUCUACCUCACCAUUAUUGCCAUCUCCCCAGAGUGAUAUCACUAGUAGUGGUUUGAUAGGCAUAGAACCGAAGGGAGAAAAUAAUACCAGCACUACUACUUUGAAAAGCAUAGAACCCAAGGGAAAAGUUUGUGAUAUAUUUAGAGGAAAUUGGGUUCCAUACCCAAAUGGAACUUAUUACACAAAUACAUCUUGCAAUCUGAUCAUUGAUCAACAAAACUGCAUGAAGUUUGGGAGAUCUGAUACCGAGUUCUUGAAAUGGAGGUGGAAACCAGAUGAUUGUGAGCUACCAUUCUUUGAUGCUGUUCAAUUCCUUGAAAUUGUCAGAGGGAAGUCAUUGGCCUUUGUUGGGGACUCCGUUGGAAGGAAUCAAAUGCAUUCUCUGCUGUGCCUCUUAAACAGUGUGGCUUAUCCUGAGGAUAUUUCUCAUCACUAUUAUUCAUACACAAGUUAUAAUUUCAAGCGCUAUUUGUACAAGGAUUACAACUUCACCGUAGGGACACUGUGGUCACCAUUUUUAGUCAAAGCCAAAGAAGCAGACCCCAAAAUUUACUCCAACUCCAAGGACCUCAUGAACCUCUACUUGGACGAAGCCGACGAGGCAUGGGCAACCGAGGUCGAAAACUUCGAUUACGUAAUCGUCUCCGGUGGACAUUGGUUCUUUCGACCUGUAAUAUACUACGAAAAUGGUGAAAUCGUUGGAUGUUCAAGGUGCCAACAUGACAACAUCACUGACCUAACAGUCUUCUAUGGACACAAGAAGGCAUUCCGGACUUUCUUUAGAACCCUUGAGGAACUUGAAAACUACAAGGGGGUGACAUUUCUGAGGACAUUUUCUCCGGCACACUUCGAGAAUCUGUCAUGGAAAGAAGGUGGACAGUGUCCGAGGACGAGGCCUUAUGGCAAGGAGGAGAAGAAGUUAGAUGGGUUUAUUUUGGAGAUGAAAUUGAAUCAAGUUGGGGUGCUGAGGGAAGCAGAGAAGAAAGCAAUUAGGAAGGAGAAGAAGAAGAAGAAGAAUAAGAAGCGCUUGGAGUUGAGGGUGUUGGAUUUAACUGAAGCUAUGUUGUUGAGACCUGAUGGACAUCCAAACUUCUAUGGAUAUUCACCAACAAGGAAUAUGUCAAUUGCUGACUGUGUUCAUUGGUGUUUGCCUGGCCCUAUUGAUACAUGGAAUGAGUUUUUGCUUUACGUCUUGAAGACACCGCAAAUCACCCAUCUACAUCUACAUGGGAAGGCUAUAGAAUAA